GGCCGAACCCUCACCGUGACAGAAAACAGGUCUCCUGCGCCGCCUCCCGCGGGGUUCACCGCCAUCGAGGCGGUUUCGUACAAAGUCAGCCUCGCAGAAGGCGCACAGGGCGUGACUCUCUCGAAGAUUGACUACAUUCUCAACCCAGGAAAUACCCUCGACAUCAGCAAGGGACAAGUGGGCCGCCUCUUCCCGGAGCUCAACGCCUUCAUCAUCGACCCGGCUCUCGGUGAACUCGAAUUCGAAGCCGAAGAGAAUGAGUUGACCUUGAAGGUUGCUAACAUGAACGGAGAGUUCGCCUUCUUCCUCCCGCAGGCUGGCGCUGCUGCUGGUGCGGCGGCAUAG